GGGGAGUCCCAUGCCAACUUACCGUGCGGGGGAAGCUAAGCAGGGUCGCCUCGGGUCGGCCCCUGGAGGGGCGACCGGGGAUGCAGGACCCCCGUGUGUUUGCUCCACCCCGGUGAGCCCCCCCACCAGGGCCGGGUCGGGCUCUGCAUCCCGGUGGGGAUGAACGGCGGCGGAGGCGCGGAUCCCCGGUCCCGCUGUUCCCCCGGGGCUCCGGCCCUCUUCAGCCCCUCUCUGAGACCAAGCGCUGCCCGUCGCCGGCCCCGACGGCGGGGGCCGGGCCCGGGGCGGGCCGGGCGUGGGGUGGCUCCGGGGCGGAGCGCGGGCGGUGCCCGCAGCCCCGGGAGCGUUGCGGCGGCGGCGGAGGGUCCCCAUGGCCCUCCCGGCGGAGGCGGCCCGGCUGGACGGGGGCUGGCAGGAGGUCUACUCGGCUCUCCAGUGGAUACAGUUCACCAUGGCCAUGCUCAGGUUCGUCCUCUUUUCUACCUGAGCCUCUCUGACCUAUUGCUGGGCAUGUGCUGGCUCGCUGGGGCGCUUCUCUAUAGCACACCAACCUCCAAGCAGGAUCUCAUCUGCUACAACCUGCAAGCGACGGGACAAGUAUUCUACGUGGCCUCUUUUCUAUACACUGUCAACUACACCUGGCAUCUGUACAUGGACCUAAAGAUGAAAUACAACCAGAACCUUUUCAGGAUGCCCCCCCAGGUUGGAGAUUAUGCCAGUUGCAUUGGCCGAAUAGCAACGAUCUCGUCCAGCCUGAUCCCUUUCCUUCUCAUGGUGCCUGUGUUUCACCUGGGCAACAGCAGUAAUUGCUACCAGAACUUCAGCCAGAAGCACGGGUGUCUCUUGAUGCACACAGAAAUAGCCGUGCCCAGCAACGAGCCACAAACCCUGAGCGGCUCUGUCUGCCGUGCGAUGCAUUUCUAUGGCAUUGGGGUCUUCCUCAUUUCCUUUCUGAUCAGCUUCAUAGCCAUUCUGGUUAUACUCAGUCAAGCCCGAGGCUUGUACAAAAGGUUUGUAAACUCCACGGGAUUCCUGGGGGAUCAGCAGUGGGCCAUGAUUAAGAUGGUAGAACAACGUGUGGUUUUUUACCCCGUCGCAUUCUUCUGCUGCUGGGCCCCAGCUGUCCUCCUUGGAAUACUGAAGCUGACUGUUUCAACCAACAGCAAAAUCUACAUGGCUCUUCUAAUUCUACAGGCUCUGACAGCAGCUUCCCAGGGGCUUCUGAACUGCAUCGUGUACGGCUGGACACAGCACGUCUUCCUCUCCCUCAAACGCAACGCCUGCCGGGACGUUGACACUCAGACUCCUCUCCUGCGCUCCCAGAAGAAGUUCUACGCCAGCACGCUCCCCGCCAGCCCGCCGGACACAGAGGGGUCCACGUCCACCCUGCUCUGAUGAAUCCCUCCGUCGAAGGAGAACAGGCAGCGUCCUAACGAGACCUCCUUAUGUUUUAGCAGUGUCAGCCAGACCCGAUAUCGGGCUGUCUGCUGUGAACUGUCUUGCCAGCAGCAAAGUUAGCUGUAGUGCUGGAGGAGCCUGGGCAGAUCAGUCAGGGACAGACACUUCCGUGAAGAUAGCUAUUUAUUUUUCAGGUUUGUAUGGACUGUAAAUGGAUUCUUUAAACGUGGUAAGUCUUUAGUACAGACUUUGUCCUUAUGGAAAUAGCUCUAGAAGUGCAGCAAAUUAUAUGUAACAGCUCAGAGAUCUGGUACAGCUCCUUUGAGGUCAAAGGAUAUUUUACUUCUCUAAGUAUUUCAGUAAUAUGCUAUUACAAAUUAACAGUAAAGCAAAAGUGAAUAUUUUUCAAUCUCUGACUUUUAAUUCACUGUAAAAAUAAGAACGGGUACCAUACUAAUAGUCAACUGCAAGGAGUGAAAAAUUGUAAAGUAGCAUCAAAAAAUCAGUGCUCACUUCCGUGCCUUGACUUUUUGCACAUUUCCCUUCUGUUCGUCAUGCCAACUCCUGCCCAGCUAAGAUAGAUACACACAAAAAUAAGCUUCUUCAACACAGUGGA